AUGCGUUUCGUAAUAACAUUCAGUCGAAUUGAAUUUUCAUGGAAAGAAUGGACUGAUUUGCGUUCGCGUGUUAUAUAUAUCGGCGAUUCUGCUCAUGGAAUUCCUCCUAAUUUAGCAUUAGGCGGUAUGUUGGCUGUUCAAGACUCAUUACAAUUAGCGUCUGAAUUAAGAAUAGCUAUUCGAUCUUCUAUAUUUAAUCAAUUACAUCGACUAACACUCGGAUGGAAUUAUACCGUACCAAAUUUAGGGCAGGGUCUGUAUGCUCGAGUGUUAGGAUAUUCUGAAUUUGAGAAAUUACCUGAAUUAUUACAAUUAUUUCAUUGUGAACAGGCUGAAGUUAGAACACAGCAAUGUAAAGGUACAGUAACUAUUAAACGAGGACACAGUUGGUUUUCAUGUAUAUUAGCUGGCGCUGAUGGUGCAUCUCCUCCAGCAAAGGGUGCUGAGGUAUCGGUCACCAUUCAGCAGCAUGCCGAUAGUUCAGAAACACGGAUUCGCCACUUCUAUUAUCUACAUCCCAAUCGCAUCCAUAAAUUUGAAACAAUACAAUUUCUUGAAAACGAUCAUCUAAUUGAAACAAUAGGUCAUUCUUUAUCACCAAUUAAAAUGCAAUUUUUCGUCUGA